UGACCAAUGAGAGGAGAGAACGUUCUCACCUGGCUUUUAGUGAAGCUUUUUGAUUUGCUUGAAUUUUUUCUGUGUGAAGAGAAACUGAACCAACAAGUUUACCAACCGAUUCACUGAUUCAGACCAGAACAAACACACUAGAGGUCAGAAAACACCCUGAAAUAACAGAUGCAGCCUUUUCACUUUGACACACAUUUAUUAUGAACUACUUGAUCCAAAUACAGAAGUUACUGAUUCAAAACUAUUAAAUUGAUCAACUUAAACUAUUGAUCUGAUAUGAAUAAAAGUUUAAGUGGAGAAUCUGAUCCUCUAGAGAGAGAAGACGUCUCACUCUGCCGGAGCUGUUGGAACAACAGAAACACUCUGAUUGUACGGUGUUGUUACAGAGUGGAGCCUCUUCCCUCACAAAUGAUCUUUGGCUGAUUACAGACACACAAACUGACAACAGACAAGUUUCAUUUUGUCAGUCAUACAGGUGUACCCAGAUCACUUCUCAUAAUCACACACAAUUUUCACUCAUAUAUACGAGUGAAAUGCUGCAGUGUUGUAGAGGAGAGCAGCACUGCAACACUAACAGGCAGAGGAUACCGGUUUCUUCUUUAAAAUACACCCUGAUCGGCCCUGAUAUCAGCAAAGACAACAACACAUUCAGUUUCAUUUCUGGGAAGGAAUUUUCCAGCGCUGUUGUUUCGUAAUUCCCUGUGACCUUCGGAGAGGCUGCGGCGGUCCAGUGUCAUCCAAAUUUUCCUCUUCAGCCAGAGCAGGAUGGCGGAUGAAUUGUCGACUUCAAACCUGACGUCACUUUGCUGAAACUGUCACCGUACAGAUUGGUACCAAUGACUGGAGGACAGCUCGCUGAUAAAGAGGAACUCUUUCAGAAUGUACUGACGCAAGUAGCAGAGCAGUUUUCAAGAGCGUUCAAGAUCAACGAGCUGAAGACCGAAGUCACAAACCGUCUCGCCAUGUUGGAGAAAAGAGUCGAGCUGGAGGGGAUGAAGGUGGUGGAGAUCGAGAAAUGUCGCAACGACAUCAAGAAGCUCCGCGAGGAGAUGGCGUCCAGAAACAACAGUAACUUCCUGGAAGACAAUAAGAAGCUGACUCCCUGCAGGGACGUACCCUCCUACCCCAAGUACCACCUGUCUAAGGAGACAGUAGAAGCUCUUAGAUUGCCUACGUUCGAUGCUUGGCAGUGGGAACCCAAUGAGAUGCUGACCUGUCUGGAACAUAUGUACCAUGACCUGGGUUUGGUCAAAGACUUCAACAUAAACCCCAUCACACUCAAGAGAUGGCUGCUUUGUAUUCAUGACAACUACAGGAAUAAUCCCUUCCACAACUUCCGCCACUGUUUCUGUGUCACCCAGAUGAUGUACAGUAUGAUCUGCCUCUGCAGCCUACAGGAGAAAUUCACUCAGGUGGACAUUUUGAUUCUCAUGACAGCCGCUGUGUGUCAUGAUCUCGAUCACCCCGGAUUCAACAACACAUACCAGAUUAAUGCCAGAACGGAGCUGGCGGUUCGUUAUAACGACAUCUCCCCUCUGGAGAAUCACCACUGCGCUGUGGCCUUCCAGAUCUUCUCUCAGCCCGACUGCAACAUCUUCUCCCACUUCGACCCCGAGGCGUUCAAGCAGAUACGACAGGGAACCAUCACGCUGAUCUUGGCCACCGACAUGGCGCGACACGGCGAGAUCCUCGACUCCUUCAAGCAGAAAGUCGACAAUUUUCACUACACGGAUGAAGAGCACGUCACUUGUCUGAAGAUGGUGCUCAUCAAGUGCUGCGACAUUUCCAACGAGGUGCGGCCGAUGGAGGUGGCUGAGCCCUGGGUGGACUGCCUGCUGGAGGAGUACUUCAUGCAGAGCGACAGGGAGAAGUCUGAAGGACUUCCUGUGGCUCCGUUCAUGGACAGAGAAAAGGUCACCAAGCCGACGGCUCAGAUCGGCUUCAUCAAGUUCGUCCUCAUCCCCAUGUUUGAGACUGUGAUGAAGCUGUUCCCACAGAUUGAGGAGGCGAUGGUGGCGCCACUCAGAGACUCAAGAGACCGAUACGAAGAGCUCAAACAGAUUGAUGACGCCAUGAAUGAGGUGCAGAAGAAGAAAACCGAGAACUUGACCAUGGGAGGGAAGAAGAAGUAAAACUUUUUGAAAAGCACCAGUGAAGCAGCGUGACGUUAAGUAAACUGGAGUUUGUCAGACACAUCGGUCGGUUUGUGAGCUGAAAGCCUCCAUCACUCUCUGUCGUCCGCUCACUGCAGCCCGCUGACGAGCCGCAGACCUGCAGCGUUUAUGAUCCGGUCGAGACGUCGGGUCUGGUUUCACUGGUCUGUUGGUGGGAAAACGAUGACGAAGCGGGUUUGACAGCAGCAGCAGCUCUGAGACAAACCGACGGACUCACGGAGCAGACGGACAAUCCAAAGCCUUUUUCAGGGAACGACAACAUUUGUACAGCACAGAGUAACAGUCAGUGAACAAUAUUUAGAUACAUAUCUUGCAUUGUUUUUUUAUUUGAAAUGUGUUGUUUUUUUUACAGAUUGUACAGAUUUUUAGUGACAUUUGUUCUUUGCUACAAAAUAUAAAUAAAAGCACUACUUUAAUUACAAAA